AACCUGCAUCCUCACUUUAUAUAUACUGUCCUAGUAUAGUUGAUUGAUGAUAUAUAUAUAUAUAUAUAUAGAGAGAGAGAGAGAGAAAGAUUAUUAUUAUGUGUGGGGAAGUGUGAGUUAGAAAGGAUAAAAGAAAAAGAUGAGUUGCAAUGGUUGUCGUGUCCUCCGAAAGGGUUGCAGUGAGGAAUGCAUGCUACGACAUUGCCUACAAUGGAUAGAGAAUCCACAAGGGCAGGCUCACGCCACCCUCUUCGUCGCCAAGUUCUUCGGCCGUGCCGCUCUCAUGUCUUUCCUUUCCUCCGUACCCGCCAACCAAAGAUCCGCUUUGUUUCAGUCACUGCUUUAUGAGGCAGUGGGGCGUACUAUAAAUCCAGUGAAUGGAGCAGUGGGGCUGUUGUGGACUGGGAACUGGCACCUCUGCCAAAUGGGUGUGGAGAAAGUGCUCCGAGGUGGUGCUUCGUUGACCCCACUACCUCACUUCUUGGGUGCACAUCAACAAAACCAAGUAACGGAUGUGGAGACAGUGAUGCUUGGAGGUGCAACAUGUCACCAGCUAAAGAAGCCACGUGUGGGGACACGGACACCUUCUGAGGAAUCCGAGACCUCCACGUUGAGAAGUAGAGCAGAGGAUUGUGCUCCUCAUGCUCAAAGUCAAAGGAAGCUCCUUCCACUAUUCUUCUGACUUCUCGUUAGUAGCUAAAAGCUUCUUGUUUAUAUUCUCUUAUUAUUGGAUGAGUAUCUACCAUGACAAUACAUGGACAAACUUAGGUUUAGAAUUUAAAUAUGAAAUAUUGUUUUUACUUUCUUA